GAAAGGGAGGCAGAGGGGGCGCUGGCGGUGGCGGCAGCGGGGACGGUGCGGGGAAGUCUGGGGCUCACGGAGGCUGACCCAGGGGACAGAGGCCGAGCCACCACCAUGGACAGCGGGGUGUGGGCUGCCUGCAUCUUCUGCCUGCUGAGCUCCCUACCAGUCGCCUUGGGCCACGUGCACCCGGAAUGUGACUUCAUCACCCAGCUGAGAGAAGACGAGCGAACUUGUCUACAAGCAGCAGACCGGAUGGCCAACUCCUCCUCGGGCUGUCCUAGGACCUGGGAUGGGCUGUUGUGCUGGCCGACGGCAGGCCCUGGGGAGUGGGUGACCCUCCCCUGCCCGGCUUUCUUCUCUCACUUCAGCUCUGAGCCAGGGGCCCUGAAGCGGGACUGCACCACCACGGGCUGGUCUGAGCCCUUCCCGCCAUAUCCCGAGGCUUGCCCUGUGCCCCUGGAGCUGCUGACUGAUGAGAAAUCCUACUUCUCCACUGUGAGAAUCGUCUACACCACGGGCCACAGCGUCUCUGCCGUGGCCCUCUUCGUGGCCAUCGCCAUCCUGGUUGCUCUCAGGAGGCUCCACUGCCCCAGGAACUACAUCCACAGCCAGCUGUUCGCCACCUUUAUCCUCAAGGCGGGAGCUGUGUUCUUGAAAGACGCCGCCCUCUUUCACAGCGAGAACACGGACCACUGCAGCUUCUCCACGGUUCUGUGCAAGGUCUCUGUGGCCACCUCCCAUUUCGCCACCAUGACCAACUUCAGCUGGCUGCUGGCAGAAGCUGUCUACCUGACCUGCCUCUUGGCCUCUACGUCACCCAGCACGAGGAGGGCCUUCUGGUGGCUGGUUCUCGCUGGCUGGGGGCUGCCCCUGCUCUUCACUGGCACGUGGGUGGGUUGCAAGUUGGCCUUUGAGGAUGUUGCGUGCUGGGACCUGGACGACAGCUCCCCCUACUGGUGGAUCAUCAAAGGGCCCAUCGUCCUCUCCGUGGGGGUGAACUUUGGGCUUUUUCUCAAUAUUAUCCGCAUCCUGCUGAGGAAACUGGAGCCAGCUCAGGGCAGCCUCCACACCCAGCCUCAGUACUGGCGUCUCUCCAAGUCAACCCUUCUCCUCAUCCCACUGUUUGGAAUCCACUACGUCAUCUUCAACUUCCUGCCUGACAGUGCUGGCCUGGGCAUCCGCCUCCCCCUGGAGCUGGGACUGGGCUCCUUCCAGGGCUUCAUUGUUGCCAUCCUGUACUGCUUCCUCAACCAAGAGGUGAGGACUGAGAUCUCACGGAGGUGGCAUGGCCAUGACCCUGAACUUCUGCCAGCCUGGAGGACUCAUGCCAAAUGGGCAAAGCCUUCCCGCUCAAGGGCGAAGGUCAGUGCGUGUUCAUGUGCUGGGUCUUCCCGCCCCCGAGCCCAUGGCGACACAUACCCGGGACUGGAAGUGCCGGGUCAGUGGUUGUGCCUUUUCUUGACGUGACAGAGUGGUGCCAGAUUGCGCUCCAGAACUCCGGCCAGAUCUCCACUCCCACCAGCAGUGCCGCCAACCCUUGGCAUUUGCCAGCAUUUUAAUGUUUGCAAGUCAAAUGCGUGUAAAGUGACAUCUCCUUGUUGUUUCAAUUUGCAUUUCUCUGAUAACUAAUGAGCACGUCUCUCCUCUGCCUUGUUAGCCUUUGGGUUUGUUCUUUUGGAAAUGGCUGGGAUCUCUUUCCCUCCUUUUCUCUAGGGUGGAGAUCGUUCAGUUCUAGAUUUUUCUCUUCUAUCUUCUCCAUUGUGUGCCCUCGUGCCCCCAGCCUGCUGCCAGCUGAUCGCGCCCGUGCCCCCUCCCCCCCCAUUAAGAGCCACCGAUGCAAUAAUGGUCAUAGUCCACUCCUCCCCCAUCCUCCUCCUUGGCAGGAGGUAGGAGGGUGAGAACUGGGUGCUGUCCUUGGGGAGCAGUUUGCUGACUGAUGGGCAUAGAGGGAAAUUUCAGGAUAGCGAACAGGCAGAAAUGGCUAGUGCAGGUCAGGACCAAAUCUCUCCCAUUCUUGGUCUGCUCACAGCAGGUCUGUCCCGCAAAGCUCAGCUCCCCGUGGCCUCUGGGAAGUCUUCCUUCGUCACCCUCACCCUUCCUGCCAUUGCCUUGUCUUCUGAAGGCCACAUUCUCCUUUGCAGUCACACGGGGAAAAGAGAUGCCUUUGUAAGAAACCCAAGGGCACAUUGUUGGCCAUGAUGCUCACCCACCCAGCACCUUUCUGGUCAGACAAAUGCGGCUUGGUCUGAAAACCCUGCCACGCAUUCCCUUCUUCAGCCUCCGAUCAUGAAAUUAGUUCAUACUGAUUGCAGGGCAUUUGGGAGAUGUAGAAGCAAUUUAAAAAGAAAAUAAAAAUCAGCUGUAUUCUGUUUACCGAAAGACAAUCACCAGUGAUAUUUUUGUAUGUUUCCUAAAAGAUUUUUUUCCUUUGCAUUUUUGAAACGUCUGAAGAUCGUGCUAUGUUCAUCAA